ACGUGUGAAAUAUUUACUGUGGAAACGGCCUUGACUGGGCCAGGGACAUACAGUUCGUCCAUAGUUCUACAAAGACAACUUGACUUUGAAUCUCGAAGAAGUUACACCAUGACUCUGAAGGCAGUGGAUUUAGGAACGCCUGCUUUGACCACCUCUGUCAAUGUGCUGAUCAACGUGAUAGAUGCCCAGGACACUCUACCUGAGUUUGUCAAUGUUCCUCUCACGAUCUAUGUCAGAGAAAAUGUUCCGCUGAACACAUCUGUACAGCUGAAAAUUGGUGCCCGUGAUGGAGAUCAGGGUAGUUCCAGACCAGUGAAGAUUAAGAUAAAGAAUGAUACUCUUGGCUUGUUUCGUCUCGGGCCAUCACUGCCGGACCCUGAUGACAGCAGUAUCUACCGUGCUGCUGUCAUUGUCAAUGCACCCAUUGAUCGAGAGACCCUACUUGGCACAUACAGGUUCGAAGUUGAGGCUGUGGAACUAGACAAUGGAACAGAAACAAAUGCAAGGCAAGACUCCUUUGUUCAAGUGGACGUCCUAGAUGAAAAUGACAACAUUCCCUCAUUCUCUCAAUCAGUGUACAAUGUCACUCUUGCGGAGAUAGACAGUAACGCACAGAGCAACUUCCAGAUCCCUGACCUCGACAUACAGGUUACAGACAAGGAUGAUCCCAGCAAUGCCAAGUACACUGUGGUAAUAGUUAAUCAGUCACGAAACACAUUCAAGAUCUUCCCAGAGAAUGAAGUGUCUGGGAAUGUUGCUGUCAACCUGCUUGUCAUCGAUGCCAAACUGCUUGAUUACGACACACCAAGCCUGAGAUUCCAGAGAGUUGUUCUUGAAGCUCGCGAGUCCGAUGCUAAUCCCAAAACCAGCACAGCAACUGUGAACAUCUUCCUCCAGGAUCUGAACGAUAACUCCCCACAGUUCACUUCUUCUCAGUAUAACUAUUCUCUACCUGAAAAUGCACCAGUGGGACAGUCCAUUGCUACAAUACAGGCAAUUGACAGAGAUGAAGGUGAAAAUGGAAAUGUCACGUACACUCUACGAGGAACUGGAAACGACCAGUUCUUGAUGGAUCCAACCACAGGGUCCCUGAGUCUGAGCAAACCACUGGACUAUGAGACACAGAGGGUGUUUCAAAUUCUUGUUAAUGCUAAAGAUGGUGGCAACCCUGCUCGCGAGACCUCAAGAACCCUCACCAUCACAGUCGGAAACAUUAACGAUGAAGCUCCAGUCCCAGAGAGAGCUGUUUAUCAGACAUAUGCACAGGAAUCGUCACUCAUCCUCCGCCCAGCUGUAGUAGUAAAGGCACGUGAUAAUGAAGACACAUCUGGUGUUAUCACAUACAGGAUAAUAGCUGGAAACACACGUAGCAAUGCAUUUCGUGUGGACGCGAAUACAGGCAAUCUCACUCUUGCCACCCGUAUUGACUAUGAUGAAACACCAAGCAAUGGACGCUUUGAAGUGGUGAUCCAGGCUUCUGACAAUGGCAGCCCUCCACAGUAUGUCAACAUGACGGUCAGGGUGGACGUACAGGACGAGAAUAACAACUCACCAACUUUCAUGAUGGGAUCAUAUUCUGCCAACAUCAGUGAAAACGCCCAGCCAGGUACGUCAGUUGUGAAUGUGAUUGCAACUGAUGCUGACAGCCGAAAGAACGGAGAGUUCCGGUACACAAUUCAGUCAGGAGGUCGGGAACACUUUGACAUUAGCAACACCAGUGGUUUGAUCACAGUCAGCAGCAAGGCUGAUUUUGACUUCAAUGCCUUUCCUAUAUACAACAUGGUGGUGUUUGCUAUUGACUCUGGUAGUCCCCCGAGGACAGGAUCAACCAUCGUCAUUGUCAACCUACUAGAUGCCAACAACAAGGCUCCCAAGUUCCCACAGCAGUUCUAUGUCACCAGCAUCUCUGAAGCAACUCCAAUUGGCAGCAUUGUGUUGGAUAUGACUGCGACAGAUGAGGACAGCAACAGCGAGCUGCGCUUCUCCAUCCCCAAAAGUACCAUGCAGGCCCGCAACAGUGGCGGCAAUACCAUCCCCGAACAGUUAUUUGAUUACAAGUCUGCAUUUGCAAUAGAUCCGAUAUCAGGACGAAUCAGAACCAACAGCACUCUCCGGAGAGAUCUUGCAGCUGAGAUCACUUUCAACAUCCUUGUCCGCGAUCUCAAUGCUGAAGGGACAUUAAGACAGACAGCCUCAACUUCUGUUCUUGUGACAAUCCUAGGCACCAACAUCUCCACCAUCUUCUUCACCCCAGCCAGGUACUACUUCUCUGUGACAGAGGGGAAACAGAUCGGCUACGUCAUCACCACCGUCGCUGCACGUGACCCUGCCUGUGGAAACUGCCUCCUCAACAACUAUGUGGAAGUGGAGAACAGCGAUCCCAACAACUACUUGAAAGUAGAUCAGAGAACUGGCCAGGUAUCUCUGACAAAAGCUCUUGACUAUGAUGAUGGAGACCGAAGGCUGAAUAUUGAUAUCAUAGCUCGAGCUAAUGACAGCCGGACGGCUCGCACUAGUGUCACAGUGGAAGUACGGGAUGAUAAUGACAACAGUCCACAGUUUGUAUUGCCCAGCUAUGACUUCAGCGUGUCUGAGUCAGCUCGGUACCCAUUCAGUGUCGGGUAUGUGAAAGCAAUAGACAAGGACAGUGGCAGCUUUGGACUUGUUGUGUACUCACUGUCAGGACAGGGAGCGGAAGACUUCGAGAUCUAUGAUACUGGUUUGAUCUUGGUGAGUCGAACAGCCGACCUAGACUUUGAGACAACUCGUGUUUACAACCUUCUGAUCACUGCCUCAGACAAUCCUACCAAUCAAACAUCAACGGUCAGGAAGCAGACAUCCGUUACGCUGACCAUCACUGUUUUGGAUGUGAAUGACAAUGUUCCCAAGUUCAGCGCCAUCUACCCAUUCUAUGUCGUGGAGAAUUACAACAUAGGGCAGAGUGUUGGGCGUAUCAUAGCAACGGAUGGGGAUAUCGGAAUCAAUGGAGACAUAGUUUAUUCUAUGAAUGAUCCCAGGAACCUGUUCCGUAUCACUAACACAGGGUACAUCUUGACUCAGAGUUCCCUGCGCAACCAAUCUGCCUUCAGCCCCUUCAAUGUGACCGUCCGAGCAGAGGACAGGGGCUCCCCAUCCCUGUUUAAUGAGACACAGGUGAUCAUCAACGUCCGAAGUGGACAGCUGGACGAUGGCCGUCCUCAGUGGAGCAUUCCUCGUCUCGGAGAUCCCUACUAUAUAGAUGAGGGUACACCAGCAGAGCAGUUAGUUCUGGUUGCUCAAGCAGCUGCACGUUCCGUCGGCCCAGAGGUCAUCUACAGCCUGAAUUCUGCCAGUCCAGACUAUGAAAAGUUCAAGAUUAACAGCACCACCGGAAGACUUACGACUAAUGGGGUUUUCGACAGAGAGGAUAAGGCUAUAAUUCAGAUCAUCCUGGUUGCCACAGACAAGGCCAACACAACGUUGCAGAGCUUCCGGGCACUCACCAUCUAUGUCAGAGAUAAAGACGACAAUGUGCCAGAAUUUGGUAAAUGUCCAGGCCUCUCGCUUGAGGUUCCCCAGAGGGUGACGAUCAGUGAGGACGCACCUGUAGGGACCUCCGUGUACAGGGUCCAAGCAUGUGAUCUGGAUGAGAUCAUCAAUGGUGUGACCUAUGAAUUAGAGACAAGUAUCUCAUUGUGUCAAACAGAGUCUAUUGGUAGCUUCACCGUUGAUAGCGAGGGUGUCAUUUUCACUGCCAAGUCUCUUGACAGGGAGUCAAAAGCCACCCAUCUUGUGUGUGUCAGAGCGAAGGUGGCACAGAAGAGGAAGCGGCGGCAAGCAGACGUCUACCCUGUUAAUCUGAUGACGGAUACGUCUCAUGUUGCAUACGUGGUUAUCUCACUUAGUGAUGUCAAUGAUAACAGUGCCAUAUUUCAGCAGAAGUUGCUGUAUGAAGUUGUGCCCUCGGUACCCAUAGAGAGGACUGUGGUCCGAGUGGAGGCCACGGAUCCUGACAGCAAUCUGUACAAUCGAGUCCGAUACAGCAUAACAGGCAUUGUGUACAGCGAGCCUGGGUACCCCAGCUACCCCCUGCCUGGUUCCUUCAUUGUCAACCCCGACACUGGCACUGUCAGCACCAACUACCCCUCCUACAGUGACUUCCGCCUCCCUGGCAGCUUCUUCGAGGUGAUGCUGCAGGCGGAGGAUGUGAACAAACCCAUCUUGAAGGACACCAUGAAACUAUAUAUUUACAUCUUUGAGCCAGCCCAGACAAUCCGCGUUGUGAUUAAUGAACCGCCAAAUGAUGCCCGGAAUAAAGUGAAUGACCUUCUCAUAGCGCUGAAUGGAGUGAGCAGUGACAAUUAUUUCAAGGUCCAGCAGAUAUCCUACCACAGAGGAGACGCAGAUAGAGAGUCCGCAAAAACGGAUGUAUGUUUUGUCAUGGUAUCAAAGGACAAUGUGCAGAGCGUGAGGGAAGGGGCAAAUGGCUUGGACAACAGCAACUAUCAGAAAAUCCUACAGAAAUAUGGCGCUGGUAGCCCAGGGUCAUGCUAUAAGACGCGGUCAUCCAAGGACAGGAUCAGCUGGGAGCCCUUGUGGUGGACACUGGUCGCCUUGGCCAUCUUCAUUUUCAUCUGCUGUUGCAUCCUCAUUGGCGCCAUCUGCAUCCUCUAUAAAAAUCAUAAAGAUUUCAUGGAUUCACAAGAAACACGAAUGGACCCUAUGUAAAUAUGUCUCAAGGAGUGCUACACAUCAAUAUUCCACAAGAACUGCCUGAUGGCCAAUGAUUCUGGAAGGAAACUGCAUUGGCUAAGAGUUUAGGAAAUACAACAGUCAUAUUAACCAGCUACACUGUUUAUUAUAUAUAUUUGAAGGUCAAUACAACCAAAGUGAUACAAAGGACUUGGUAAUCAUAUCAGGAGUGACAUUACUGGAGUUGUAACAUGCUGUUCUUGUAGACAUUCAGUGGCUAUAUUGUCACAACAGGAAAACAUGAACAUUCUUCCAGAGGCAUGCAAACUUGUGUAAGGCAGCCUUUGCCUGGUGUGAUAUGUAUAGCAAUGGCAGUCAUGUAUAUGAUAGCAUUUAAAAGAAAUAACAGAAAGAUCCAGACAUUGUAACAAGUCUAUUUGACAGUUACUUUGUUAUCAUCAAUAAGAUCUUGAAUAACUCGGCAAUAGUAACUGUAAUUGACUCCUCCUUCAAUCACCACCUGGCCAGGUGCCAAACCUGAUUAGGAAGUAUCGAUAGUCCUUUAUGAAAACAAUGUAUAAUGUUGUGAAAGAAAACUAAAGUUUUGAGUCUGUAUAUGCACUUAGAGAAAACCGAUAUGAUGUUGUGGAAAUAUGGGUAAUUAUCAUGUAAUCUGUGUAAUUUGAGCUGCCUUUAGGCCUGGUUGUACAGCGGUGUAGUCUUGAGCUGGAGCGAGAUCUGAGUGCUCAUUAACCAACAUAUCUUGUAUAUAUACUAUAUUUACAUAUUGUACAUAAAAUGAAAUAAUGUCACCUAUAUCUGGGACUGAAUCCAUUAUUGACUGUUUUUUAUUUGUUUGGUUGAAAUAUUAUUGAAUAAAGUUGAAAAAUAUCCUACGUGCAAAGUGCAUUGAAACAUCUUUGUUGAAAAAAUAUCAUCAUAUUCAGUUGAAGCACCAAAACAAUCAUGGUCACAUCUACAGCUGAAUAAUGGACUCGUUCAAAAUGUGUAUUGUAAACAUUUGCACAAGAUUUUUAUAUACAUAUGUGAUAUUUUUGUAAAGAAAAAUAAAAUAAAAUGAAACAACAUAA